CGCCCCUCACGAUGGCUGCUCCGGGGCUGCGGAGGCGGCCGUGCCUCUGGCAGUUUCUGCUGGCGGUGGUGCUGGCCUUGAACUUGGCCGCUGUCCGAGCCCAGCAGACGCCGCGCACCCCAGAGCGGGGGCCCCCGGUGCGGCUCUUUACGGAGGAGGAGCUGGCCCGCUACGGCGGGGAGGAGGAAGACCAGCCCAUUUACCUGGCAGUGAAAGGAGUAGUAUUUGAUGUCACUUCUGGAAAGGAGUUCUAUGGGAGGGGAGCACCAUAUAAUGCCCUGGUUGGGAAAGACUCCACAAGAGGGGUGGCCAAGAUGUCUUUGGAUCCUGCAGACCUCACACAUGAUACUACUGGACUCACAGCAGAAGAACUGAAGUCCUUGGAUGAUGUCUUCACUAAUGUGUACAAAGCCAAAUAUCCUAUUGUUGGCUACACAGCACGUCGAAUCCUAAAUGAAGAUGGCAGCCCCAACUGGAACUUCAAGCCAGAAGACCAGCCCCAUUUUGAUAUUAAGGACGAGUUCUGACAGUCUGUAGAGCAGAUGCCCUUGGGGGAGAUGCCAAACACAGAGGGUAGGACACAGUCUUCUGCAUUAGCUGAGGAGUAAGUGAAGUAACUUCAUACUUCAGAAGUACUCGAAGUGGCCCAGUCUGGUAUCUCUGAAUCACUUUUUGAUAUGAAUAAAAUGAAUUUUUUACAUGGAA